AUGACCGUCAUCGUCUCGUCCCCCAACACCGCUACCCAGAACGGAGCCGUCAAGGUCCCCACCGUCAACGCCUUUGACGCCGACCUGCCCGCCGAGCCCGCCGUCGAGUUCAUCAAGCCCAUCAGCUCGGCAUCGUACACCGCUACUCACCCAGAGCAGUUUGAGGUCGUGUUCAGCGAGUCGGCCGAGCCGGGCGUCGAGGCCUUCUCGAGCAAGCUGGUGGCCAAGCACGACUAUGCGCCCGGCGAGCUCCUCGCCACCCUCUCCAACGCGUCCCAGGCUCCCGUCAAGGCCUACUCGUCGGUGCAGUACGGCCCGGGCCCCGACCACCACCUCGAGCUCAACUCAGACCUGCUCUUCAUGAACCACUCAUGUGCGCCCACCGCCCAGCUCCAGCUUCCCGCCGGCACCCCAGCACGGUGGGAGGUGCACGUCGGCCCCGCUGGCUUGGCCAAGGGCGAGGACAUUACCUUCUUCUACCCCUCGACCGAGUGGGACAUGGCCCAGGGAUUCGACUGCAACUGUGGUGCCAAGACCUGCCUCGGCAACGUGCAAGGCGCCAAGUACUUGACGCUCGAGCAGCUCGAGGCGCGCGGAGUGGUGAACGACCACAUCCGGGCACUGAAGGCUCAGCAGUGA